AUGAGCGCGACUUUGCUCGCCAACGAGCUCUCCAAUCUCUCUUCCGAGGCGAAACGAAAGAACACGGCGUUGAGAAAUGCGGCAGAUAAAUCAUUGCAGGAGCUCAAGGCUCUGCCGGCCACUUCGGAGCAGCAGCUGGCAGCAGGUAAGUGAUCCACACUCUACUGAAUUGUUUUGACGGGAAUGAUUGCGAGUUUCUUGCCCCGAGAUCGAAAUACGGGGGAGUGGAAUUCAACAUGUUCAUACGCUGAUUGAGAAGAGAUCUAAGUCGACGGCCCUCCUUCAUUGAGCCCUUCCUUAUUGCUUGCAACACUCGCAAUGCCAGAUUUGCUGCGAGUGGUGUGAGCUCUCUCCAACGCCUGGUCAUCUCCAAAGGCCUACCGAAGCAGCGAUUGCAGGAUGCGCUGGAUGCCUUCAAUGCCUGCACGGACCUUGGCCUCGACAUUCAAUUGAAGAUUCUCCAGGCUCUGCCUUCUCUCCUACAGAACUACGCGACUGAACUUGAGGGGGAGCUCCUCGGCGGUGCGUUGCAGGUCUGUUCGUCUCUGCAGGCGGCGAAGGCUUCUACUGUUAGUGGAGUGGCAGCCGCUACGCUGCAACAAUUGGUUGCCACGGUUUUUGAAAAAGUCGCUUCCGAGGACAAGAGUGCUGCCGACGUCAAGACGACUACGGAAGUACCAGGCGAUGACGGGCCAAUCCCACUCAGGCCGGCAGCGUAUGAUGCGUGUAGAGUGCUACGCGAUCUGGCUCUUGCUGCAGACGAGCGGAAGACAAAAUUCGUGGCCCUCGAAUCACUAUCGGCAGAAUCAAGUCUGGAACUCAUCUGGUCGUGCGUCGAUGCGAAUCCAGAGCUCUUCAAAGUACGUGGCCGUAUAUGUGUAUUAAAAUGGAGGCAAAGCUGAUUUAUUAGACGCACGCGGAGCUACUCUCAAUAAUCGGCUCCAACAUCCUCCCCCUGGUGGUCAGAGCUCUGUCCGAGAAGUUGGCUUUCUCGGUGACCGUCCGUUCUAUCCGCCUUCUGGACCUGAUACUGAAUCGGUACAUGUCCAAGUUCCCUGGCGAUUGUGAAGUUGCUUUGGACCUCUGCACGCAAACGCUGGAAGCUGAGUCAGCACCUUUGUGGAAGCGUGCAUUGGUAUUGGAAGUGCUACGGGACUUCUUUACAGAUGGUGGUCAUAUCAUUGACGCGUACCUGAUAUUCGACGGCCGUGAAAACGACAAGAAGUCGAUCGUGCAGGACUUGAUGUCUGCUUUCGUUCGAUUGUCGACUGAGAAGCCGGGUGCGAUUGGUCUGGGUCAGCAAUCGACUGUGCCAACCGGACCUGCAGCUCGCGACUUCUCGGGUGAUACAGCUGCUCUUGAAGCAGCAGGUGGUAUGGCAGGCGUUCUUAGUUCAGCCAUGGGCGUGGCUGAGACGAAUGCAGCUGGCAUCAGCACACAAUGGAGUCUACCCAAGAUUCCUUGCAAAGAGCAACUAGACAAGAACGAGCCACCUGCCAUUCCCGAGACUUACCCUUAUGCUCUCGUGCUAGAAUGUCUGAACGGUCUCUCGGACAGUCUUGCUCGCGUUGUGCUCCCGCUGACCGUGCAGCGCGAGAAGUCACAAUCGAGAAGCAGAAGUGGAGUAUCGGACGCCGACCAGUCCAGCAAUGGCAGAUCGAGGUCGACCUCGUUCCGUACCCGCACGGUGCCAGUCAAUCCACUUGAAGACCCGAACGCUCCUCAUGCAGCGAGAAUGAAAGCUAUCGCAGGACUAGUCGAUACUUGCUGGCCAGCGGUGCUCGCAACAUCCUCCACCUUCCUCAAUGCUGCUCUCGAUGACCAAUACUUUCGCAAUCUGAUCAAAGCGUAUCAGCGCUUUGCUCAAGUCGCCGGCCUGCUACGUCUUAUCACUCCGAGGGAUGCUCUCAUGACAACCCUGGCCAAAGCCGCAAUACCGCCUCACGUUUUUAAUGCGGCUACCAGCGAUACUGCAAAGUCUCCGUCAACAGAAUCCCCACGCGUGUUCUCCAACGCGAAAAGCCUUCUCAGUGUGGACAGCCUGGUCUCUCAGGCGUCUUCGCUAUCGAUUGACAAGGACAGACGGGCCUCGAUGGAUGUUUCGAGGCCAAUGCUUACUGUUCGGAAUCUUUUGUGUCUUCGAGCGCUGCUGAACCUCGCCAUAGCUCUUGGCCCGACUCUUGGUCAGGCAUUUGCAGUGAUUCUGAGCGCUCUGAAACAGGCGGACAUGGUUCUGAGCACUACAACGCCACAACAAAUGAGCCGGCAGAGCUCGUUCUGGACACCAAAGGGCACUGAUCCUCCCUCUGUCGUCCAGGCUUUCAGUGCCGAGGUGGCAUCUGUUGAAGCUGCUGCCUCCAGACUCCUCGAGAGCACUUCAGACUACCCCAAUGACGCAUUCAUAACCGUACUCAGGACCUUCUGCCAGAUGUUGCAGAGCAAAAGCGAAGACCUCCCCUCCCCUGCGUCUUCAGUCCAUUCACGACCAACGUCUUCAGCUGGCUCCCCCAUAUCAGCGAGGCGGACCUUUUCGGGACUACCUCGCAUUGGUACUUUUGCAGAGCUACGGGCUAGAGACUAUCAGUUCGUGAUCCCAAAGCUGGGGACACUUGCGGAGCUGAACGUCUCGCGCUUCGUUCACGAAGAGUCAAAUUCGAGCGGUUGGGCUUGUCUUGUUGACGAGUUAUUAGCCAUAGCACGAACAAAUGCGACACUAAGGGAAGCACGACGAAGCGCAACAAACGUCUUACUCAAGCUUGCAGAAGCCACGAUAGCCUAUAGCUUAAAAGAAGAUCCUGACGAACGAGCUGCUAUUCAGCGGCGAGCUCUAACUGUUCUACUGCGGCUUGUGGAUGGCAUCUUCAGUGAAGAGGAUGAGCUUAGCUCUGCGGACCUCGAAUUGCAAAAUCAGGUACUCGACUCGCUACGAGCAAUCCUAGAACGAUGCGGCGAUUCCCUCCUAGCUGGAUGGAACAGGAUCAUUGGAAUUCUCUGCUCAGCCUUCGAGUAUGCUGGAACCCGCUCGCGAGGGCUAGAAGAUGAUCAAGUCCACAUCAAUUGGAGUCAGGUCUCCUUCGACUUGGUGUCAACUCAAAUUGGCCGGACCGCGUUCUCUGCUACGCAAUUGAUGUGCUCUGACUUUCUGGAGUCUCUGCCUUCAAGUGUAGUGCCUUCUCUUGUGGAGUUGCUAUAUCGCUUCAUGUGCCAGCAGGAAGAUCUCAACGCCGCGCUGACCACUGUGUCCAUGGCGUGGAAUGUCUCCGACUUCCUGUUCAACGCUUGCUCGAGUGAGGCCAUGGACGCGUUGAUCACACAGGCGCACGAGUUUGAAGAAUUUGACACAGAACUGCAAUCUCCCCGCUUCCACGACUCGAAGCCUGCGCAAUGGCUGCUGUUGCUGAUCCGACUAGGGGGAGUCGCGGCUCGUCCGCUUAAGGAGAUCCGCAAUGCUGCCUUCCAAACCAUCUGCAGUGUUUUCAAGUCUCAUGGCGAAGAACUAUCACCAGCUGCCUGGGACCUUCUUGUGCGCAACACCCUAUUCCACAUAGCACGCGCGGACUCUUAUUCUUACAUGCAAGAAGACGAGAACAAGCCAGAUCCGCAGAGUGCUCCAGACAUGGACAUGUCGCAAUCCAUCAUUGCCGGUACUUCACAGGUCCUUGCACAACACCUGGGCCUCAUCGAGCAGAUUGCAAAACUGCCCAGUCUUUGGGAAGUUUUGCUCAGCACGCUGGAAAGGUACUUGGACGUGAAUGAGCACUCUCUCAAUGCUGCGGUAUACUCGGCUGUUACACGAAUCCUCUCCGGCAUCGAUGCAUGUUCGUCCGUCUGGAAGGGACCAACAUUCCGAACGCUCUCGCUCUGGCUGAAGGGCAUUCCGCACGCGGAGAGCAAAGGCAACGAGAGCAAUCAGGAUGCCUUUGUGGCUUACGUAGAGUCGGGUAAAGAGUUGUACCGCCUAACCCGCGACACAAUGAGUACCUCCCAGACGAGGACCAUGAUCAACAACUUGUACCAAUGCGUCAAGGCGUCGGAUGGUCCUUCACACGGUGGCGACAUCAACAACAUGAGCCCUUUGCAGACCAAAGUUCUACAACUGCUUCGCAAUCUACGGAUGGACCAGGCAGAUAUCGCUCCCUGUCUGAUCACAGUGGCUGGCAAGCUAGCGACGCUGCAUCACGAAUCACGAAACGUUGAUACUAAAGGCGGCCCGACGUUUGUUGCCAUAGCAGAUGAAGCGACCGCUUGGCUUCAAGAGCUUGUCGUUUCCCACGCCGCUACUCUGACUGAUGCAGACGUGCUAUCGGAAGCUAUUGAAGGUCUCGAAAUGAUCAUCCAGAGCAAGUACACGUUCCGAACAGAACGCAGAGGAAUGCCACUCUGGCGAAGGGCCACCUCGACCGCGCUCGCUCUGUCCAAGCCACUCCUCGAGCAGCCGAACGCCGAUGAUCGCCUCUGGUCGGCAUAUAUUGGCAUCGCAGCAGGCAUCGUCAAAGCGAAUGACCUGCAAGCAGUGGAAGACCCCGUGAAGAUCCACAACGACCAGCUCUUCGACGUCGAAAGUUUCCAGACUCUCAAGCAAAUCCUCAACCCGAAGCUACCGCAACUCUCCGAUGCAACCAGACAGGAAUAUAUUCGAGCCCUCUACGAUGCUUCCAUCAUCCACCAACACGAGACAGGGGAAAUCUGCAGCCCCGAAGAACCUCCCCUCAAGAGUAUUCUCCGAAUCCGUCGAGGGCGCGUGAAACCGGUCCCUUACUCUCGCCGUGAAGACAUGGCGUAUGUGUGUUGGAAAGAACUCGUCGCUCUCGGACCACUGGCUGAAGAGGACCUCCUCUUGAGAUGUGCGAUCCCGAUCAGAGCGUAUAUCGCCGACCAGCCAUUGCGCGGAAGGAAACCGAUUCCGUUGAGCGAGUUGGAGGAAUUGUUGUUUUGUUUCGAAACGGUGAAGAAGUUUGGGGAAGAAGAAUUAAGCGUGGUUUAUCCGCUUCUUAUCCAAGCGGUAGGGACCGCGGGGGAUAAGUGGAGUGGAGGCUGGGAGGUCUUGAGGCCUUUGCAAGGGAUGUUGCGGGAGAUUGCUGAGAAUCGCACGGGCACGGGGGAGGAGUAG